CUUGGCUACUGGACGGAUCUCCUGGUGCCCACGGCGUCUCGUCGUUCACAGAGCUGGUCUCGGGCGUGUGAUUCCUUCUUCCUCGCGUGCUACUUGCGCCUUCUCCUUACGUAUUCCCACUCCCCUCCUUCCUUCCCUCCUUCAUCCUUUCGCCACUCAACUCACAUCCACACCCACCCACAAACACACUCCUUCCACCAUGGCUUACCACUACUCCCACGACAGCAGCCGUCGCCAGCCGCAGGGCGGCUACAAUUACCCUUCCAACUAUUCAAACCCCUCACAGUAUUCCAUACCCGACUCGGUCUAUUCCGGCCACUCCACCAACACCCAACCCGUUCCUUCCCCUGGCGGGUACCACCCACAGCCUUCUUCUACCACUCGGGUGGUUCAGCCAGCGUACUAUCAGCCACAGCCCACCGCAUCGUCCAUGACUUCUCACGACGUUAUGUAUGGCCGACCCAGCCCUGGUCCUAAUCAGUACGGCGCCGCGCCAAGAGACGUCUUCCGAGGUCCUGGCGCCACGACAGUACCUCCUCCUCAACAGACGCCGUACCAGCCCUACCCGGACCAACCAUAUCCUUCUCAUACAGACUAUUCUGAUGAAAACAAAUCUUUUAGUUCCACUACUCACCUGGUUUCGCCGCAGAAAGAAUGGGGUGUCGGAACUGUAGUACCGGUUACUACGAUACCACCUGUCAACCAACCGCCUUACCAGCCGUAUCAAGCAUAUCCGCCGCAGCCUUCCCCAUCCCCGACUACCCCCCGAGGAGGUACCUCCCAUUGGCAUGCUAUGCGGAAGCAGUUGCUCGAGAGGCGAGUGAUCAAGCAGAUCCCAUUGCACAAUGGCAACUUGGUGAUGGAUGUGCCCGUGCCAAAGGGGGCCAUCCCGAGCACCAAAGGACUAGGCGUGAUGGAUGGAGAGAUGGACAGCAUGCGCUACUCGGCGGCAACAUGCGACCCUGAUGACUUUAUGCGAAGCAAAUUCAGCCUGAGGCAAUAUUUGUAUGGCAGAAAGACAGAGCUUUUUAUCGUCAUGACCAUGUACAAUGAAAAUUCCGAGCUCCUCCUGAGGACACUUAAUGCCGUAAUUAAGAAUAUUGCCCAUCUCACGACACGCACACGCUCAAAAACUUGGGGUCCCGAUUCGUGGAAAAAGGUGGUAGUCUGUAUCGUUGCUGAUGGCCGAAAGGUUGUCGACCCAAGAGUUCUCAAGGUGCUGCAAUUGAUGGGUGUCUAUGCCGAGGGUGUCAUGAAAGACCAUGUCGUUGACAAGGAAACCCAAGCCCAUAUUUUCGAGUACACUUCGCAGGUCGUAGUGUCAGAAACCGGAGAGGUUGGCUUUGGUUCGACCCCUGUUCAAAUCUUGUUCUGCCUCAAAGAGCAAAAUAAGAAAAAACUCAAUUCUCAUCGUUGGUUUUUCAAUGCCUUUGGCCCACUUAUUAAACCCAACGUUUGCGUGCUUCUGGACGUUGGCACAAAACCCUCCGGUCACUCCAUAUACGAGCUCUACAAAUGUUUUGAGAAGCAUCCCACUGUUGGGGGAGCAUGUGGAGAGAUUUUUGCAGACACUGGAAAGUGGGGCAAAUAUUUAUGGAACCCUUUGGUCGCAGGCCAAAAUUUUGAAUACAAAAUGAGCAACAUACUCGACAAGCCAUUCGAGAGUGUUUUUGGACUAAUCUCUGUCCUUCCAGGAGCAUUUUCUGCCUAUCGGUAUGACGCAGUGGCCAAUCACGCCGAUGGGACGGGUCCCCUGGCAGCCUAUUUCCGAGGAGAGCUCAUGAACCAACCUGGUGCUACAGCAACCAUUUUUGACAGGAACAAGUUCCUGGCAGAAGAUCGUAUUCUCGCGUUUGAAAUCGUUGUCAAGAAGAAUGCUCGCUGGCGCUUGCAGUAUGUCAAGGCGGCCAAAGCUGGUACAGACGUUCCCGCUACCGUCCCGGAGUUCAUCUCUCAACGAAGGAGAUGGCUGAACGGAUCCAUCUUUGCUGCAACAUACGCAAUGGUUUGUUUCUGGAGGAUUUGGACUAGUGGACACGGUAUUUUCAGAAAGUUUAAUCUUACUAUUUUGACGGUAUAUAAUUUGGUUAAUUUGCUCUUCAAUUGGCUGUCUGUCUCCUCCUUUUACCUUGCGUUCUUCUUCCUCAUUAGCUCGUCCAUCUCUGGCAGCUCUGAUCCUUUCAACGGGGCUGGGGAUGAGAUAUUCCAGGUGUUCAACAAGGUCUAUAUUGCUCUGAUUUUUGUCGUCUUGGUCUGUUCUCUGGGCAAUCGUCCCCAAGGAUCGAAUUAUAUGUACACUUUUUGUAUAUUCAUGUUUGCUGUUUGCCAAGGUAUCUUGCUGUACUGUGCUGGAUGGACAGUCUACCAGGCGGUCCCACACACCUCGGAAGGUUGGGAAGAUGUCUCUGGGCUGUUUGAUAACAAGACGUUUGUACAACUGGCCCUUGCUCUCAUGGCAACGUACGGGUUGUAUCUCAUUUCAUCGCUUCUCUACUUUGAGCCCUGGCACAUGCUCACAUCAUUCAUUCAAUAUCUCCUCCUUCUUCCCUCAUAUGUCAAUAUCCUCCUCAUUUACGCAAUGUGCAAUUUGCAUGACGUUUCUUGGGGAACCAAGGGUGAUAAUGGUUCCUCAAAAGAUCUUGGCACCGCAAAAAAAGUAGAAAAGGACGGAAAGGAAAUGGCCGAAGUGGCGUUACCGACGAAGCAAGAGGAUGUAGAGGCUCUAUGGCAACAAGCCAGACAAGAGUUGAGAGUGCCGGUAAAAGAGAAGACUGAAAAGAGAAGUCCAGAGACUAAAAGGGCCGAUGAGGAUCGCAACUUUCGAACCAAUGUCGUAUUGUUGUUCCUUGGCUCGAACAUGCUUGUCAUUUUACUCUUCACCUCUUCCACCUUCACCAACUGGGUUAACUCGCAUUUUGUCGAUGCGACCAGCUCGACUUUCAAUCCUUACCUUACCGUGAUCUUUUACGCAGUUCUCGGCCUCUCAGCCCUUCGAUUCGCAGGUUGCCUGUUGUAUCUCAUUUUCAGGAUGUUCGGCUAUUGAGUAUCCCGAACAAUACGUAUUCCGAGAACUUUCCUUCCAGUUUGUAGUAUGAUCUACACCUAACUCCUAUACAUAGCGACUGCAGCGAUCUCCUCAGCUGGUCUGAUGGAACGAUAUGUGCAACGAAGACCAUUGAAAAAGUCAGACGAUGAAUAUUAUGCAUCAUAAU